AGUCUCAUACCUAUAUCGCACGCGUAUCAAAACAACGCUGCGUUGGCCAGCCGGGCUCGCGAAUACGUGUAUAUAGGUGAACUCGAGAACAGAGAGGUGGUUCUUUCUUUGUCCGUGAAAUUGUGUUAGUAUACUUAUUCAAUUUUUGUUAGUUCGAUAGCGUAAACCACAUUUAUUAACGUUUAAUCUUGAUGUAUAUACACAUACCUAUGAUAUAAUCUGCGUGUCCGACUGUGUUUUGGAGUUGCAAGAGUUAUGUUUUCGUGUGGUAAUUUCAUAAGAACAUAACCCGGCAUAUUUUUUCAUUCUUAAUAAGUUCGCGCUAUCUGUGACUGAAGGUUUGUGCGUUAUAAAAUGGAAAGAAAAUCGAGUGUGGAACCGUUGACUGCUCUACGCCACAAAUUUGCUGAGGAUUUGGAGGAAAUCCUACAAUGCAGGGUUUGUUUUGAAAGGUUGUCGAUUCCCAUACCAUUAUGCAUUCAAGGACACCAUGUGUGCGGAUCUUGUCGAUUUCAAAUGCCUGCGUGCCCUUUUUGCAAAAGUGAUUUUAACGGUACAAGAAAUUACCUAGCUGAAACGCUGAUAGGAAAGUUUGAUGAAAUUAAGACUUCUCUCAUCGAGAAUCGCACAAGCCAAAGAACUGUGGUAUCAAAUUCUACGCAAACAGAUUUUCCACCAAAUGAACCUAUACCACCUGCACCAGCAGCAGCACUGAUAGUAGAAGAGACCAACAAAGUAAGCCCUCCUGUAAUCAAUUAUAACGUUGCACCAAUAGUUGGAAAAGGAAAAUAUCCCUGUAAGAUUGGGAACUGCAAGGAAGAAUUGGUGCAUGGUCGCAUGUUGCCACAUCUUAGAUUCUACCAUGAAGAAGAGCUGGUAGAGGAAAAAUCAACAAACAGUAGUUUAUAUGAAAAUAUUUGGGAAUUCAGUUAUCAGAUUCCCAAUGCGCUUGAUCGAGCGAUUAUCUUACCCAACAUGGGAAUAUUCUUUCUCAACGUUUCAAUUGAUGAUAAAGGUGAUUUGUGUGGGAAUCUACAAAUUGUGAAUACUAGAAUAAUUGCUCAACAAUUUGAGUAUUCAUUAAAAGUUAAAACAGGUCACAGUUCCAUAGCUUAUAAAGGACAGGUGCUGGGAACUAGAAUAUGUUCUAAAAAUAUCAAUGAAAAAUCAUUAUUUGUCAGCAAUGUAUAUUUACAAAAAUUGCUAAAAAAGAAGAAAAUUUUUAAUGUUCAUUUAGUUUUAAAUCGUAUAUUCGAUGAUUUCCUAAAGAAAAAUUAGUAACAGUUCAUUUUUGUAAUUUUUGUUUUAUUCGUCUGUUCCGUUUAUAUAAUUUUAGUUGAAAUUCUUUUAGUUUCGUGAAAUGAUGAUUAAAAAAAUCUAACCAAUGUGAAUAUAAUCCCAAGUUAAACUGUAAAAAAUAUAAAGAAAUCGUAUUCAAAUGUUAAAUGAAUACUUCUGUUAAGAAAGCGUCAUACUUUUUAUACAGAUGUACCGCGACAUUAAAUUUAUCCAUUGUUGCUCUCAAUCUCCAUAAAUUAAGCUACUUGUCUAAUAAAAAAUUUGAAGCACUGCCUUUAUGUAUUCUAUAUAAAAAGUAUAAAGGCGUCUUGAAAAGUUUUGUUAAGUAUCUGCUAUAGAUGUAAUUUUAUAAAUAUACUGUAAAUAUCAAAUAUUUUAUUUUAAAUGUGAUAAAUAUAAAACAAUAAGCUUACUUUUUAUAUCUAUAAAGUUUUACUUAUGUAAAAUGAUGGGGAUAAUUUUUUAUACCAGUAAAGAACUUAUUUUCAUUUUUCAACAUAAUGUAUUUUGCAGGUAAUGAAUAUAAUUAUCAUCAAUUUCGGUAUUUUUAAACGCAAUAUAGUUACAUUGCUAUUAGUUAGUCUAUUAAUUAUUUUUUUUAUGUUUACAGACAGCUUUUUACAUAAACUAAACAAGCCUGGAACUUUUUUUAUCAUUUGGAUUAAUGCAUCAGUCUCUAGCUGUUUGUUGUUAUUACGCGUCAUUAACAUUACAAAAUCUAUAUGCGAUAUUUCGUGUUGUUAUCGAACUGCAAUAUUGAUAUAAUUCAUAAAAUUUAACAUGCAAACGUUUGUGUAUUUGACGUGUACUGUGAAUUUCGAAAAACUUUUCAUAAUUUUUUUUUACUAAACUUUUUUCUAGACGAAUAAAUCGGUGCGGCAUCAUUGCAUGAGUAAUUGAUAAAAUGUCAUAAGUCAAAUCAGAUAUAUAUGAAUAAUAUUCCACCGAGUGUUCGUCCAUUUUUAUUUUUCACCUGCAACGCAAAAAUUACAUACUACUUGCUGUCAAAACGUAAAUAAAAGACAAAACAAAAAUUAUUAAUGGAAGGCCAUAAUUGAACGAAAACAAAUCGGACCAAACUGCUCUAUACCGCGCGUCUCUGAAAAUAUUUCGCAGCUGGAUUAUAUGGCAUAUAAUCAUCGUAUUGCAUCUUUUCUUCCGCUAUACUCUGAUUUCUGAUAGAGGUCACACGCGUUUUCUAAGUGUUCCGGUGCUAAAAUUUUAGGGGUUGCCACAAAGCAAGAUGUCUCCCGGCAAGUAAAAGCAUUGUCACCUCUACCGUAUGUCUUGAUUGCAAAUCAAAGAGUAGCAACGAACGUUGAGAAUACGAUCUA